AAACCCGUUUUGGUACAGUCCGAUGCUGGGCUGCGCGGGACGAGAGAAGGCGCGUGCUGCUUCCCGAGUCUGCGCGGUUGAAAUCAAACGCAGCGUCUUUCACCAUGGCUCGAGAUUAUAAAGCUGGAGACCUGAUCUUCGCUAAGAUGAAGGGUUAUCCUCACUGGCCUGCCCGGAUUGAUGAAGUGCCAGACGGAGCGGUGAAGCCGCCCAACGCUAAAUUCCCCAUCUUCUUCUUCGGAACUCAUGAAACCGCGUUCCUGGGUCCUAAAGAUAUUUUCCCGUAUUUACUCAACAAAGAAAAAUACGGAAAACCCAACAAGAGGAAGGGCUUCAAUGAGGGAUUAUGGGAAAUCGAGAACAAUCCUACAGUGGAGCUGAACGGACAGAAGGUGAUGGCGAUGGAAGCGGUUUCGGAUAAAGAGUCAGACGGCAGCCCCGAGGAGUUAGACGAGGGAAAUGAGAAGAAGAAGAAGAAGUCCAGUAAAGUGGCUGGAGAUGAGGAGGAGGAGGAGGUGGAGGAGGAGGAAGGUGAUGGCAUGGAGGUGUCUCUAGUGGAGGAAGCCUCACCACCAAAAGACCCCGCAGACGCUGCGAAAGCUAAAAGAGUCUGGAAGAAAAAGGCUGAAGCCGAGCAGGACUCGGAGGAAGAGGGCGGAGCUGCGAGCCACACAUCCAGCCCCAUGGCCACAGAAACACCAACUCCAAAACGGAGAGGCAGGAAACCCAACGCGGAAAAACUGCUUCUACUGCAGCAGCAGACCUCACAUGGAGAUGUUGGUGGAGAUGCAGAGAAAAAGCGUAAGAGAGCAGCGGAGGAUAAGAGCAGGUCCUCAGAUGGAGAGGAGGAGCGCAGGGCAGAGGGGAAGAAGAAAAAAGAAAAAGAUGAGAGUAAAGGAGGGAAGAAAGAGCCAGAGGCCAAGAAGAAGCGCAGUGCCAAAGAGGAGAGCUCAUCUGAGUCUGACGAGGACGGGAAGCGAAACCGUAAGCGGGCAAAGCAGACAACUGACGCAGAAAAAGACGGACGACGUAAACCGGAGGAAAUAAACGAGUUGGGAAAAGAGGAGGGGAAGAAAGAUGAAAGGAAAGGAGAGAGAAAAAAGGACGUGUCGACAGAGUCGCGGCUGCAGAGGUUACACGGCGAGAUUAAAAUCUCCCUGAAGAUCAACAACCCGGAUGUGAAGAAGUGUCUGGUGGCUCUGGAUGAACUGAGCUCGCUGCAGCUCACCACGCAGCACCUUCAGAAACACUGUGAGCUCAUCGCCACGCUCAAGAAGAUCCGCAGGUUCAAGGCGAGUCAGGACGUGAUGGACAAAGCCACCAUGCUGUAUAAUAAAUUUAAGACCAUGUUCCUGGUGGGUGAAGGAGAGACGCUGAUCAGUCAGGUGAUCAAUAAAUCUCUGGCUGAGCAGCGGCAGUUCGAGGACGCCAAGAAGGGGGCGCUAAAGAGAGCCGAGCAGAGCAGAGAACCCGGAGCAGAGAACAGAGCUGUGAAUGGAGACUCAAGCCCUGAAGAUAAAAGCACUGAGACCGAGAGGGAAAGGACGGAUGAAACUGCAGCAGCGGAGCAGAACAGUGUGACGAAUCCAGCAGAAGAAUCAGCAUGAUGAUGUCCCACUGACUGGUGUGUGUAUGUGUGUGUGUGUAUGUGUGUGUGAGUCGUCGGCCCUGAAGGAAAGGAGUGGUCUUUACACUUUUACGGUUUCAUCCUCCUCGGGACUCGUUACUCUUCCCUCGUCUUAGUGAUUCCCAUCAGAAUUCCGGGUUUUUGCUAAUCUUUUAGAUCGUCUUAGCUCCGCCUCCUGCUUUACUGUCUGAGUGAAUUUACAUUUAAUUAUCCUCACACUGAUACGACAGGGUUUUUUUGGUUUUGUUUUAAAGGAGCAUCUCCGGAAUUUCCCUUAGCUGCUAUAGAAACGCUAAACUCUUCUCUCUCUCUCCCCCCCACACACACACACACACGGAGAUUCCCUGUGGUUUACAGCAUUCUUCUGCCUCUUCUUGUUUUAACCUGUCUGAUGAUUCGUUGUAUUAACGAGCGGGCCGUUAGUGCAGUUUUACACUCUGUGUGUGUGUGUGUGUGUGUGUGUGUGUGUGUGUCCUUUCUGUACGAACAUAGAGGUUUAUUUUUUAUACAGAACUUCUUUGUUUUCCUUCUCUUGUCCGUCUGCGUGUUCGGAAGCCUCUCGUGGCGUUUGUGUAAAUAAGAGGACUGUAUUUUUCUGUUUGUUCUAAAAACUUUAAGGCCUUUUAAUAAAGUAGUGCGCACUCCACCUUCA